AUGUCGAUAUUAAUGCGAGCAAUCAUGCCGUUGAUAAGUACUCGAAACUUCACAUCACGAGUGCCGGAGAUCUUGAGUCCAAUCUCUGAGAAUUGUAGCCUGAUCAAGUACCUGAACCCCACAUUCACUGGUACUCUCCAGGUUUUGUUCUUUACCUUCUCUGCUUUUCGUAAAGCCCACAAUGGCACAGAGAUAAUCUCGAUGCCGUUUACGAAAGCGUACGCAUCAAGUGAUUGGCUAGUCUCAGGAAUAAAAGUUACGAAUUCUUUCGUAAAAGAUUUCAAGCCGAGAGCAUCGGCAGUAAGUGAAGCACUAAAGUUGCCGAGCAAAGUAAAAGGACCAGCUAAGACAGUGAACAAGUCUUUCAACCCUUUGAAACCUUUAACUGAAGGCGAAGAAUUUUCUGACCUGGGCCCACUUGGAACGUCUGUCUUGUCGGGAACUUCAUCUCCGGAUAUCAACCGACUGUUAGCUGUUGAGAUUGCUGAUGAGCCUUUGAUCUGUGCAUAUGAAGUGGAUUUCGGGUUUAUGACAUCGCCAAUCCAUUCCCAGCCGUCGAGUGCUGUAGAUUUGCCGGUCGAGCCACAGUUGACCAAAAGGUCUACUGCUACAUGUGUUGUUGGGUUAUUACUACUGUUUGUGAAUGUGAUGAGGAAACAGAAACAGAAACACAGCAAAGGAAUCGAAACUGUGUACAGAUUCAUGAUUGUGUUUUGA